AUGCAAGAGUACUUGGCCGAAUACCCCAAGCUUGUUUUCGGCGGCCUGGUCACGCUUGUGGCGCUCGUUGUUGUUUCCAGCCGCAUCAACAGGAAAAUCACCUCCUUGUUCGUCUUCUGCUGGGCGUGCUUUGUCAAGCCGCUCUUGACGAAAAUGGACGCCAAACCAACGGAGCAGCAGCAGGCGUUGGAGCAAUUCUACCAGAACCAGGCCCACGUGUACGACUCCACACGCCACCUUUUGCUCAAGGGCAGAGAAGACUGCUUGGCGCUCACGGCCGCCCACAUGAACCGCUCCAAAAAGUUGGUGUGGGUGGACAUUGGCGGCGGCACGGGCAAGAACAUCGAGAUGAUGAACGACAUCUGCCCCUUGGCCAAGACGUUCGAGGCCAUCUACUUGGUGGACUUGUCGCCGUCGCUUUGCGAGAUUGCCCGUCAGCGGUUUGCCGGCAAGCCUUGGGCCUCGUUGGUGAGGGUGAUGGUGGCGGACGCCUGCGACUUUGCCAUUGACUACGACCAUGCCGACGUGAUCACGUUUUCGUACUCGUUGCUGAUGAUCCCCACGUUCAACUCGGUGGUGGACCACGCGGUCGAGCUUUUGGAAAAGGAGACGGGCGUCAUUGCGUGCGUGGACUUUGGCAUCCAGAGCCAGGAAACCAGCUUGGGCCGCAUCAACACGUUGGGCGGGCUUGUCAACAGGAACAUCCCGUGGCUCCUCCGCAACUUCUGGAGAACGUGGUUCGAGGCCGACAAGGUGUUCUUGGACUCGGCCAGAAGAAACUACUUGGAGUACAAGUUCGGCACGCUCAAGUCCUUGAACGCCUACAACAACACCUUGGGCCGCAUUCCUUACUACAUCUGGAUCGGCUGCGACAAGAACCGCUGCCGCCUGUUGCUCCACCGCAUCAACUGUCUUGCCACAGAGUCGCCAUACCUUGCGCCGCUGGACGAGACGCAGAAAUUGGAGUACGACGUGCCCGUGAGCAAAGGCCACGAGGCUGCUUUGAGCAACAUCCGCAAGAACUUGCCCUUCCCGCUGACCUACUACCAGAGACAGCCCUGGAGAGUGUACUUUGACGAGAUCAACCCGCAGUACCACCAGUUCAAGAACCAGUUCAUCUACGCAUUCACAUGGGAGGACCCUCGCGAGGACCACAAGAUCCUCAACUUCUCCAGCAAGGACACCGUGUUGGCCAUCACGUCGGCCGGCGACAACAUCUUGGCUUACGCGUGCUUGCCCGACCCACCUAGCAAAAUCCAUGCUGUAGACUUGAACCCUGCGCAGAACCACCUCUUGGAGUUGAAGUUGGCAGCGUUCAAAAGCUUGUCCCACGAGCAGAUCUGGCACAUGUUUGGCGAAGGCCGCAUAGCCAACUUCCGCCAGCUUCUUCUUACUCGCUUGAGCUCAGAAAUGUCCUCGAACGCAUUCCAGUGGUGGAUGGACAAGGGCGAGAAGACAUUCAAAGGCCGGGGCUUGUACGACACAGGAUCCACCCGUUGGGCUUUACGGUUGGCCCGGGCGGUGUUCACUGUUUUCGGAAUCAACAAUGCCGUCGAUGACCUCUGCUCUUGCACCACCAUCAAAGAGCAGGUGGAGAUUUGGGAUCUGAAGAUCAAGCCCACGCUUUUCAAUCCGUUUGUGGCCACCCUUCUUGUGGGGAACCCGAUCUUUUUGUGGAAGGCGCUUGGCGUGCCAGCAAACCAGGCCGAGAUGAUUGGUGAUUCUGUCUUGCGUUAUGUCGUGGAGACUUUGGACCCUGUGGUGCACCGCCUGUUGAUUUCGCUGGACAAUUACUUCUACUACUUGACCUUACAAGGUCGUUAUGCCCGCAACAACUGCCCGGACUACUUGACGGAAAAGGGCCAAAGAAGACUCACCCAGAAGGGCGCCAACGGCACUGCUCCGAUCGACAACAUCCGUGUCCACACAGAUACCUUGAAUUCUGUCUUUGCUCGUCUUAGCAAAAAAUCCAUUUCCAUUGCUAUCAUCAUGGACCACAUGGACUGGUUCGACCCGGAAAAGGAAGAUGCAAAGACAGAGAUCUUGGCUGUCAAGGCCUGUUUGGCUCCAAAGGGCCGUGUGAUGCUCCGUUCUGCCGCUCAGUACCCAUGGUACAUCAAGACGUUUGAAGCAAAUGGAUUCAAGUGCAAACCUGCUGCCAUCAGACACGCGGGCGAGUCUAUUGACAGAAUCAACAUGUAUGCGUCAACGUGGGUCUGCACGAAGGUGGAUGAGCCUGUGAUGCCACAGGGCCGUCGUCGUAUGAGCAGCUUGAGAAUUUAG